ACCCACUAGAUGACUCUCAGGAGCUCCAUGGAGACCUGGCGGAAAGGCUCCUUCCGCAAUGCCUCCUUUUUCAAGCGAAUCACCCUGGGGCGGCCACGGAGACUGCAGCGACAGGGCAGCAUACUUAGCCAGGCCAGCACUGCUGGUGGUGACCACGAGGAGUACAGCAACCGGGAAGUCAUCCGAGAACUGCAAGGGAGGCCAGAUGGACGGCGUCUGCCCUUGUGGGGGGAUGAGCAUCCCCGAGCCACCCUACUGGCCCCACCCAAGCCCCCACGCCUCUACCGAGAGAGCUCCAGCUGCCCCAACAUUCUGGAGCCCCCAGCAAGCUACACAGCUGGCUACUCGGCCACCCUGCCUUCAGCAAUCUCCCUGACAGGGCCGCUUCACCAGUGCUCAGAGGAGGGCCUUUCGGACACUCCCCACUUCCCGAGGACACCUACUCCGGACCUCAGUGACCCUUUCCUCUCCUUCAAAGUGGACCUGGGGCUCUCACUUCUGGAAGAAGUUCUGCAGAUUCUAAAGGAGCAAUUCCCAAGCGAGCCCCACUUCUAACCUGGUGAGGGUAGUGAGAACUGGGGUGACUGGAGGAGUGGCGCCUGUGGACCCAGGCGAGGAAGGUAC